AUGGAGGUGUCUUGGUUAACAGUUCUUCUAGAUAACAUCUCUUCGUUUCUAAGCUUAUCGUCGUCGAUGCAUUUAAACCCAGCUCAUAUGUACUACACCAGAGGAGAAGAGAUAUCAAAGCUUCUUAAGCCUCUUCUUGAGAAUCUUGUUGGUGUUUCUGAUGCUGCUCCUAGCGAUUUGCUCAACAACGGUUUCGAAGAAUUAGCUCAAUACGUCGAUGAACUUAGAGAUCAGUUUCAGAAUUGGCAACCUCUUUCAAGUAGAAUCUUUUAUGUUCUUCGAAUUGAAUCAUUGGCAUCGAAGCUACGGGAAUCAAGUUUGGAAGUCUUUCAGCUGCUCAAACACUGUGAACAACAUUUACCUGCCGAUUUGAUUUCACCAUCUUUUGAGGAAGGCAUAGAAUUGGUGAAGUUAAUGACGAGAGAUGAAAUUUCGUAUACUAUUGAUCUAGCACUGAUAGAUCAAAGGGAAGGUGUUGGACCUACUUCAGAGGUUCUGAUGAAAAUUGCUGAGUGUGUUGGUUUGAGAUCCAACCAGGAGAUUCUGAUUGAAGGUGUGGUACUUUCUAAUUUAAAGGAGAAUGCCGAGCUUACCGAUAAUAACACCGAAGAAGCUGAGUUUUUAGACGGAUUGAUCUCUCUAAUAACACAAAUGCAUGAUUACCUUACCAACAUAAAGCAGUCUCAGUUACAUUAUCCUGUCCCUGUACCUUCUGACUUUCGCUGCCCGCUAUCGCUCGAGCUUAUGAAUGAUCCAGUCACCGUGGCAUCUGGUCAAACAUACGAACGUGUUUUUAUCGAAAAAUGGAUGGAUAUGGGACUCAUGGUUUGUCCCAAAACAAGGCAGGCUUUAUCUUAUACCACUUGGACACCUAAUUACAUUGUCAAGGCUUUCAUUGCCAAUUGGUGUGAAGCACAAAAUGUCAAUCCUCCUGAUCCAUUGGAGCUGAUUCGGUUAAGUCAGCCGUUUCCUCUUCUUGUUGAAUCAGGUGCUAGUGAUGGCUCAGGUGGCUACUUGACUCUCUCUGGAACCAACCAACUCAUGCUUGAUGAUUCCCUUAAGUCAGAGAGAGCUUCGACAUCAGAAGAUUCAUCGCCUACGAAUAUAGCCGGAAAUGGCCAUACAGUGACUUUAGAUGCUACCAAAGGCGAGGAGCUGCUGCGUCAGGUCUUAAGUAGGUCUACUUCUGCACCAGGCAUUGUCUCAAAAGUAGUUUCCGAAACCGAAAUAAGCAUUGUUGCUGCUGCAGAACAACCAACAAUCUCGCGGGCACGGAUUAAAACCGCUUGGAGACAUCCAUCAGGGAGGCAUUUUCGCCACCCGGGGAUCAUCCCAGCGACCAUAAGAGAAACUGGAAGCAGUUCAAGUAUCGAAGCAGAGGUGAAGAAACUGAUCAAAGAUCUCAACAGUCUUUCGUUCGAUACACAAAGAGAAGCCACAGCUCGGAUCAGGAUACUAUCAAGAAACAGUACAGACAAUCGCAUUGUGAUUGCGAAAUGCGGAGCAAUCAACUCUUUAGUGAAUCUGCUUUACUCCAAGGAUGAUAGAAUCCAAGUAGACGCAGUGACUUGCUUACUAAACUUAUCCUUAAGCGACAACAACAAAUCCAUCAUCGCAGAGAGUGGAGCUAUCAAACCGCUCAUUCACGUUCUGAAAACAGGAAGCGUAGAAGCCAAAGAGAACUCAGCAGCAACAUUAUUCAGCUUAUCGGUAAUCGAAGAGAACAAGACAAAGAUAGGAAACGCAGGAGCUAUAGAGCCACUUGUUGAACUCUUGGGGAAUGGAAGUCUUAGAGGCAAGAAAGACGCAGCCACGGCUCUGUUUAACCUCUCAAUAAACCAUGAGAACAAGAUAAAAGUGAUCAAAGCUGGUGCGGUUAGAUACUUGGUUGAGUUGAUGGAUCCAGGAGCUGGAAUGGUUGAGAAAGUCGUGGUUAUUUUGGCGAAUCUUGCAACGGUAAAAGAAGGAAGGAUUGCGAUAUACGAAGAAGGAGGAAUACCGGUAAUGGUAGAAGUUGUGGAGUUAGGUUCAGCUAGAGGCAAAGAGAAUGCAACUGCAGCUCUUUUGCUGCUUUGUACGUAUACUCCAAGACUCUGCAAUGUUGUCAUAAGAGAAGGAGCACAGAAUCUUCUAAAGUGCUUUCAAGCCCAUAAACAAAACAAUCAGAGGAGAAACUGA